AUGGAUGACGACAAGGAUCUGGCUUCGGCCAUGAAGGGGCUGAAGCUCAAGAGCAUGGAUAUCGACCCAAAUUUUAUGACAAAACGCCUCGAAGAAGAAAAUUCGAUGCAGAAGGGAAAGGGCAACACCACGGCCACCCCACGUCGCGACCAACCCAAGGAAGGGCUGGAUCAUCUAGAUGAAUUGGAAGCGGAUCUUGAAGCCGAAUUCAUGACGCCAUCCCCUCAGUUUACCCCUCAAAUGCUGAACAGGCUGCAAAAGCGAUGGGAAAUCCCCACAGACCCUACCGAUCUUAUGCGAAUUGCCCCCACACAAACGCGAACCGUGACUCGAUUCAUUCGAGAGGGCCUGCAGGGCCGGGUUACCGGAUACAAACAGGUGACCGUCCCCGCCACGAGCGAGACCGCAAAAAACUCAACAUCCAUGCUCCGUCGUCCCGCUGGACGUGCAGAAUUCGUUCGUGGAGCAGCAGGAUUCUUUCCGUUCGCACCGGGUGGCUUGGAGGGUGUCUCAGCCAUCGCUGCAAUGGAGGCAGGCACCCACGGCUCAGGAGAAUCACGCAGCGGCGGAAGCUCGGGCCUCGAUCGAAUCAUCAAUUUUGGAGCAGAGGGUGGCCUUCUCACUGUACCUCCCGGCUUCAGUCGAGGCCUCAACUUUGACGAAAAGAAGUCGAAAGAGGUCGAAGAAGGAGACAAGGAAGUUGAACAGGCUCUCCUUGAAAAGAGCGAGUUCAAAAUUUGCACACCCCAAGAGCCAGCUGAGGAAGAAGUCAAAUGCGAGAAUGACAGUGAUGACGAUGAUGAUUUAACCGACUCAGAGGCAUACGCAGACAUCGACGCUCUUCUGCCAACCGAGUUUGCUGCCUUUGAACCACGCAAUCCUCUACUUUCAAGCCUCCGAAAGCAGAUGGGCAAAGAGUGGGCACACGUUGUGAAUGUCAACAAAUCAUUCCACAAUUUCCGAGAAAUGGUUCCCGACAUGGCCAGAGAAUGGCCCUUUGAACUCGACACCUUCCAAAAAGAAGCUGUCUAUCACCUGGAAAACAAUGACUCAGUAUUUGUUGCAGCGCACACAUCUGCAGGCAAGACAGUUGUGGCGGAAUAUGCCAUUGCCCUUGCGGCAAAGCAUAUGACGAAGGCCAUCUACACAUCUCCUAUCAAGGCUCUCAGUAAUCAGAAAUACCGCGAUUUCCGGAAGACUUUCGAUGAUGUCGGCAUUCUUACCGGUGAUGUCCAAAUCAACCCCGAGGCCAGUUGCUUGAUCAUGACGACUGAGAUUCUGCGGAGUAUGCUUUACCGAGGCGCUGAUAUUAUCCGAGACGUGGAAUUUGUCAUCUUCGACGAGGUACAUUAUGUGAACGACCUCGAACGAGGAGUGGUAUGGGAGGAGGUCAUCAUCAUGCUUCCGGAGCAUGUCACCCUCAUCCUUCUCUCGGCCACCGUGCCGAACACCCACGAAUUCGCUUCUUGGGUGGGCCGCACGAAAAAGAAGGAUAUCUAUGUCAUUUCUACCCCCAAACGUCCUGUUCCUCUGGAACACUAUCUCUGGGCUGGCACCGACAAGUACAAGAUCGUCGAUUCAAACAAGCGGUUCAUUGAAGCUGGAUGGAAGAAAGCGAAUGAUGCCAUGUCCGGAAAAGACGCCAAGGCGAAAAAAGAAGCCGAGGCACUGGCCCAAGGACAGCGAGGAGGGCCUCAGGGGGGACGUGGAGGACGUGGUCAGGGCCCGGGUCGCGGUGGUCCUCGAGGAGGCGGACAGCGUGGUGGUCCUGCACCAAGAGGCCGUGGCCAACCUUCCAACCGCGGCACAGGAAACAUUGCUCGGAGUGGACGUGGAGGUGGUCGGACUUCUGCAGCUCAGGAUAAGACGAUAUGGGUAUCCCUGGUGUCCCAUCUUCGUAAAGAAGAGUUGCUGCCGGGCUGCAUCUUCGUCUUCUCCAAAAAGCGAUGCCAAGAAAAUGCGGAUUCCCUUUCACGACAGGAUUUCUGCAAUGCUUCAGAAAAAAGCCAGAUUCAUAUGUUCAUUGAAAUGUCGCUGACUCGCCUCAAGCCCGAGGACCGAGUCCUCCCCCAGAUCCUCAAUCUCCGCGACUUACUCAGCCGAGGAAUCGCGGUGCAUCAUGGUGGUCUUUUGCCGAUCAUGAAGGAGAUCGUCGAGAUUCUCUUCGCGAGGUCUCUCGUGAAGGUUCUGUUCGCAACCGAGACGUUUGCUAUGGGCUUGAAUUUACCAACUCGAACGGUCGUCUUUUCUGGUUUCCGCAAGCACGACGGCAAGGGAUUCCGCGACCUACUCCCCGGCGAGUACACGCAAAUGGCUGGACGUGCUGGACGCAGAGGUCUUGACAACGUGGGAUAUGUGAUUGUCACGGCCAGUGGACGAGACGAAGCACCUCCCGCUGCAUCGCUGAAGAAGAUGAUUCUUGGAGAACCGACCAAGCUCCGUUCUCAGUUCCGUUUGACCUACAACAUGAUCCUGAACCUCCUUCGAGUCGAAGCCCUGAAGAUCGAAGAGAUGAUCAAGAGGAGUUUCAGCGAAAAUGCUACGCAAGCGCUUCUUCCGCAGAACGAACAGAAAGUACAGCUGUCCGAAGCAAAUCUCGAGAAAAUCAAGCGAAAGCCUUGCGAGAUUUGCGAUGUGGACAUCGAAUCUUGCCACCAGGCUGCAGUCGAGUACCGACGUCUUACAAUCGAACUUCAUCUCAAGUUGCUCUCUUCCCCCACCGGCAAGCGACUUCUCGGUCUGAAGAGACUCGUUGUUUACCAAAAGGAUGGAAUGCGCACUGCUGGUAUUAUCGUCAAGGAAGGUGUUACGACUGGCGCCGUCCCAUGCAUUCAAGUGCUCGAGAUCGGAACAUUGGAUACUAAGCGUCACCCAAGCGACAUUCUACCGUAUCUCCCCAAGUUCCGCCAAUUCUUCCGGGGUCUUCCUAGAGAUGCCUCCCAGAUGCACCUGAAGGUUGUCAAGGUUCCCUUGAGCGAGAUCGAAUGCAUCACGAAGACCCUGGUCAAGGUCACGGGCCCCAUCUGGUACCUAAACAUCAAGAAAGGUAAGCUACCGCCCAGACCAGAUCCUCUCUGCUUUUGGCUGUUUUCCGAAAUCCCGGAACUAACACGCCUCCCCCAUCAAGAGGUGGGCAAAUUUGCCGAUAAGGAAUUGAAGAAAUACACACCUUCCUGGCUCUUGCACGAAUGGGACGAAGUCGACUAUUCUCACAUUAAGGAACUGGAGAUUCGCGAUAUCCUCGUCAAGCGCAAGGGGCAUGCCACGGUUGCCGAGAUGGCUCAAAGCAUGCUUUGCGCCAGCUUCUUGCAGCAUUACGAAAUGCAAAAUGACGAGUGGCAGAUCAAGGAGAAUAUCUCGCAGCUUAAACAACAGAUGUCCGACCAGAAUCUUCAACUUCUCCCGGAUUAUGAACAGCGCGUUCAGGUUCUCAAGGAGCUGGGCUUUGUGGAUGAUGUCGGUCGGGUGCAGCUGAAAGGCAAGGUGGCAUGUGAGAUCCACUCUGCCGACGAACUGGUUCUCACGGAGCUGAUCCUUGAGAACGUGCUCGCUGAGUACGAGCCCGAAGAGAUCGUCGCCCUUUUGUCCGCGUUUGUGUUCCAGGAGAAGACGGAGAGCACCCCCAAGCUCACUCCUAGGUUGGAGAAGGGCCAAGAUGCUAUUAUCCGUAUCGCUGAGCGGGUGAACGACUUUCAGGUCUUGCACCAGGUGAUCCAGUCGACCGAGGACUCCAACGACUUUGCUAGCAAGCCACGCUUCGGUCUCGCCGAGGUAGUGUAUGAAUGGGCGCGUGGUAUGUCAUUCAACCGCAUCACCGACCUCACCGACGUGAUGGAAGGUACCAUCGUCCGCUGCAUUACUCGGCUGGACGAGACAUGUCGUGAAGUGAGAAACGCCGCCAAGCUCGUCGGGGAUCCUUCUCUCCACACCAAGAUGGAGAAGGCACAGGAGCUGAUCAAACGCGACGUUAUCUUCGCGGCAUCCCUCUAUAUGUGA